GCACGUGAUGCAAAGUUGCGGUGAAUGGUUGAACAAGGUGGUUCCAGGGGUAGCUUGCGUUGCGCGAGGCGAGCAGCUGCUGUGGGCGGGAUCGGGCUGCUGCAGUGACUGACUGACGCUGGGAUUGAGCCCUCCCUUCUUAUCAGGACCGGGCCCACAUCUGGGCCGUUGCAGCCAGCUGGGUAGGGGGCGCGCGCGGCCAGUGAUGGUGCCCGAAUAUUGUGCUGGGUUUUGCUGUUGCUUCUCUGGCAGAAGGAGAUGAACUUGAAUUUCUGCUGCUUAUAUUCUGUCUCAUGCUGAAGUGUCUGAUCAGGCUAACUUGCUUUCUGUGCUGCUGAGAGGAUGUAGUGGAAAUGAUAGCAGAGCCCAAUUCCACUGUCAAUCUCCCCAGCCACAAAGAAAAUGGGAUCCAUGAUGAAACUGUCCCUGAAUCCACUACUCAGAACGGCAGCUGCUUGAGAAAUGGGACCAUUAAAACUUUUAGAGGAAAAAGAAAAAUCCGAGAACAAUGCGAAAACAGGAGAAGAAACUCUUCCAGUAGUAGGCGAUCAAACCAGCAGCAAAAUGGAGAAGUGGUUGAAGCAGUUACCUUAUUUGAAGUGGUCAGCAUGGGCAAAAGAGCUAUGCAAUCUGUAGUAGACGAUUGGGUUGAAGCUUAUAAAAAAGACCGAGAUGUGGCACUUCUGGAUCUCAUCAACUUCUUCAUUCAGUGCUCAGGCUGCCAAGGAAUGGUUACAGCAGAGAUGUUCCAGAGCUUCCAGAAUUGUGAUGUGAUGCAGAAAAUGACAGAGACAUUUGAUGAAGAAACAGGAUUGCAGUAUAAAAAGUUCAUGGCUUAUCCCUGGAUUUUGACAGUUACUUGGCCAGUGGAUAUGGACAAUGAAGACUAUCCACUCAUCAAACCAGGAACCUACUGGAAGAAAUUCAAAACUAAUUUUUGUGAGUUCACUGAAGUACUGAUCCAGCAGUGCCAGUGCAGCAUCCUUUAUGACAGCUAUUUGAUGGAUGCAGUCAUUUCUCUGCUUACAGGCUUGGCAGAUUCCAUGAUCAGAGCAUUCAGGCACACCAGCACUUUAGCAGCUAUGAAGCUUCUGUCAGCACUUGUCAACCUCAGUGUAAAUCUAGAUGUAAGUAAGCAUAACCUGGAAAGAUUAUAUGAGGUUGAGAAGAACAGGACAACUGGCAAGAGGACCAAUUCUAGACUGGAUCAGCUGGAGAGAAGAAGAAAAGAGUAUGAACAGAAACCUCUGGAGAUAGAGAAUAUGAUGAAUGCGAUUUUCAAAGGGACCUUUUUGCAACGCUAUCGUGAUGUUAUUCCAGAGAUUCGAGCUAUUUGUAUUGAAGAAAUGGGCAGCUGGAUGAAAACUUACCCCGAUGCAUUCUUAAAUGAUAGCUACUUGAAAUACAUUGGAUGGAUGCUCUAUGAUAAACAACCUGAAGUGCGACUGAAAUGCCUUCAGGGAUUACAAGGAAUAUAUUGCCAAAACGAGCUUGUUUCUAAGAUGGAUCUAUUUACUAGCAGGUUCAAGGAUCGAAUUGUGUCCAUGACUCUGGACAAGGACCAUGAAGUAGCAGUUCAAGCCAUGAAACUCUUGAUGCUUAUGUCACAGAACUGUGAAGAUGCAUUGUCAUCUGAAGACUGUGAAACUUUAUACCAGUUUGUUUACACCACUCACCGACCAUUGGCUGUAGCAGCUGGAGAAUUACUUUAUAAAAGACUGAUUGUCCAAGGAAUUGAAACAGAAGCUUUCUCCAAAAGAAAUGGAAAACAGGAACCUAUUGCUAGCCAGCUGAAAACGUUAAUUAUUUUCUUCUUGGAAAGUGAGCUACAUAGCCAUGUCACAUACCUUGUAGACAGCCUGUGGGAUUGGGCCAUGAGUUUAUUGAAAGACUGGGAGUGCAUGACGUCUCUCUUAUUGGAAAACAUUGAUGAUCAAGAAGAAGCACUGAGCAAUGCCCAAGAAAGUGCCCUCAUUGAAAUCAUCUUAGCAACUGUUCGAGAAGCUGCUGAAGGUCAUCCUCCUGUGGGCAGAGGAGGGACCAGGAAAGGAUUCAUGAAACAGCAAAAGCCAUCCAUGGUACAGUUCUGUUCACCUAGUCAGCGGAUCCUGUCUGCCAAAGAGAAGAAAAUACAAGUGGAAGAUUGUACUAAAAUGACUGAACACUUCAUUGUGGUGCUCCCUCAGCUCUUGGCAAAGUAUUCAGGAAAUGGUGAAAAAGUGACAAACCUCCUGCAAAUUCCACUGCAUUUUGAUUUAGAUCUGUACAGUACUGGAAACCUGGGGAAGCACUUGGAUAUAUUGCUGAGGGAGGUGAAUGCCAUUGUAACCAGACACUCUGAUGCUGAUGUCCUCGAGGCUUGCUCCAAGAUAUACUACAUUCUUUGUAAUGAAGAACUUGCUGUUCAUAACAAAGUGGCUUUGGCUAGAGCUGAACUGGUAGAUGAUUUGGUGGACAAACUAAAUCAGCUGCUGGGUGCUUUUUGGUAUGAGGUCCAGAUUCUGGAGAUCCUCAUAAAGAGAAUCCCGGGUCUUUUGUUCCUGGCAAUUACCAUAGUCCUGCCUAGGAGCACGUGAGGAGGAUGACCACAGAGAUGUCCUUGAUUCAAGCAGCCAGAAGAAGCCUUUAUGGUAAGUGAACCAAUGCUCCAUUUGCUGGCCACAGCUGGUGAUAGGAGGUUGGGUGAGGAAGGGGACCUCUGGAGGAACAUGCUACUUCCUCUCCUGCUGUCUCUAAAUUUUUAAAGGCCUUCCUGAUUAGCACUGCUGGGUUGUAGUUAGGCUAUGAGGCCUGAGAGCAAUAUACAUAUAUGUGGUAAAAUAGAUGGUGUACCUAUGGAGUGUACUCAAUUUCCUACAAAGAACUGAUAUCAGUGUUGGAAAUGUAUAAUGUGUUAAGCAGUUCAAAGUUUAGUGUUGAUCUGUUUACAUUUUUAAAAUCCUUCUGCAACAUGAAUAUUUCAGAGCAUUGCCUGUUCUCUGUUUGAAGUAAUGAAAAAACCUCUGGUAGGAAAAAAAAAAGCUGUUUUCUUUUGUGUCUCUCUUGGCAGUAUAAAGAAAUGUGGUCCUGCCCACAUUUUAAGAACCAAAUUCUACUACUAGACUAUUUUAAAGUCUGCAUUCUGAACUGAUGCCUGCUUGCUGUUUGGCAAUAUUUAUCAAGUCCAAAAGUUAAUUUAAAAUACUGAGGUUCUUGGAAAUAAAACUAAGCUUUUCCACACUGGGACCAAUAAGGUGACCAUCUCCUCCUCCUCCUGGGCUUUUACAUUUUUGUCUGUGCAUGGAGCCUCUUUGUUAAAACAUCUUGCAAAGCUUUUAGGUUUUAAGAGUGGCUUUCACAUUUCCGUGUGUGUGUGUGUGUAUGUGUCUACAGAAAUACUUGAAAAGGUGUUCGUAAGUUCUAAGAAUACAAGAACAGCUGUUGGAAAUAUGAAUAGCCGGUAGACUCAGUUCAGCAACAGCUGAUCAGCUGUGCCUAACAGAUGUCAUUCUUCCAUUCAAAGGUUCAUGCUGAUAGAAUUUUUUUCUUUUUUAUUGAGAUCCAAAGUAUAGUAACAUAUCAGGCAAAUGUUCCCCACAUUAUAUUUAUUUUGGUGGCAGAUAAAUAAAAACUAUGGAUUCUGCCCCAACUAUGACUGCAGUUUGUGCAGUGAGAUAAACCGAAUUCUGCCCUCUGAGUGGGACUUCUGCCUGCAACCUUGGAGAAGCCACUGCCAGUCUGGGUAGACAGUACUGAGCUAGAUGGACCAAUGGUCUGACUCAGUAUAUGGUAGCUUUCUGUGUUCCUAUAUACCAUUAGGAAACUUGUUUUCUGUAACUUGACUAUGUAUUAUGAAAAUUGGGAGGGGGGGAAUAGUAUAUCUGCUUAAUUUAAAUUAUUAGAGUUUCAGAAUUUGCCUUACUUUGCCAAGGAUUUUAAUUUUUUGUAUGAUCAAAGAUCCUAACAGAAAUGGGAAAGAAUGAGGUUGGGGGAGUGCAGGAGAACAACGUAAGCACAAAGUGGGGAAAUGCAGGUUAGGACAACAUCUUAGGUAAUAGAUACACCAGUUGGGCUCUAUGUGUCGCAUAGAUAAAAAUAGAGUACAAUUUCACACAAGUGCAGAAAAACCACACAAUCUGAUACUGGGCUCAGAAAUAUGCAGAGAGAUUGAGAGAGAGUAGGUUUCAAAGACAUUAGCGACAGACAAGGUGAAAGUUUCGAACUUGGGUUUAGUUGAGAUUUGCAAUGGUCUGCUUCCUUAAACUGAUUAACCUUUAAAGCACCACAAUAUUCUUUGCUGCUGUUUUUUGCAACAAGCAUGGCUUCCCCUCUGGAACUCUUUAGCAGUUUAACAUCCCUGGUAAGGAUGUGCAAGUGUCCAGGUUUCACAGAGCCCUGCUUCAGACUAAAGAUUUUCUGAAGAGGAGAGGAAUCUCAUCCUGAAAAAGAACUUCUUGAGAAUCAGUCCAUUGGUUACUCUUAACCUUAAGGCACACAGCCAUUUGUUGGUAAUCACCCUUACCACCUUUGCUUACUGUGGGUGAAAUCCUAUGUACAGAGAACAAACCUUAUCAGCAGGUUACAUUUACUUCCUUGCUGACACCUACUGCUCACCUUUGAUUUCUUCUUCUUCCUCUGUGAAAACAUGAUCUUGAAUGAAUGAGAGCAUAUGAGACUGAAGAGAUGUAUUGGGAAGAUACUCCAGUAGCCUGGUAGUUCCAUUAUUGCUUGAAUCUUGAUGACUUACAAUCAUCAGUAAAUCACAGAGUAUCAUAAAUGCCUAUAAUGAUGGAGAGAACAAGCAAAAAGAUAAGCAUUUUUUAAAAUGCUACCAUAUCUAUUCAUCUCCCUUGUGCUAUUAAGUAUUAAAACUAUAGCUGUUUCCCAUUGUUCCUCAGAUUUGCCCUGGCUGAUUGCUAAGAUUAUUUUCCAGAAAAUCCCAUCUAGUUCACAGUAGGACAGAGUGUCCAUUAUCAGCUUACUUUAAAAACAAACCCUAGGAAAACAGAUGCAUUUAGUUGGAGCUCUGUAAGGCUCUGCAUGAAGACCACAAUCAAACACUAUGAGCCACUGAGUUGAUACAGAUGCUUAAAGGAUCUGAUGCAAAGGUCCUGAUGUUGCUGUUAGCUACCAUCCCUCAGGUGAGUUUGGGGCCCUGACAUGACACAUCAGAUGCCUUUGGCACUCCAUUACUGAUACUUCUUCCCAGGCUCCUCUGCUCCCUAGCUGUGAUUCACAUCCUACUACUUCUGGUAUGUACAGGAUCCUUCCUUAUGCAGCAUCCAGUGAUUCUUAGCAUACUGUUGGAGCGAAGGACUCUCAAUUAUCGUUGUAUCAGCUAAGUAUGCAAGGAAGAUAAGCAGCAGGAAUUUUCUAGAAGGCAAAGCUGACUGUUCUGUUGGCUAGGAAUAGGAUAGUAUUCUGGUGCAAGAG